UGAACAUUCUUAGACUCCCCCUCCUCUUUUCUCACCGUCAGCAGAGGAGGGUUCUCUAUAUUCCCAAGACACGAAACUGACCAUGGCACCGGCUGCUCUGAUCGACCAUUCUCCUCACCAGCCCAUCCCUGCGCAAAAGUUGUCGUCCGCAAACAACCUCGUCCUCAUUGAUAAUUAUGACUCCUUCACCUGGAAUGUCUACCAGUACCUCGUACUCGAAGGUGCUGCCGUUACAGUCUACCGAAACGAUAAAGUGACACUUGAAGAGCUUAUUACCAAAAAGCCAACACAACUGGUUAUCAGUCCUGGCCCAGGCCACCCCGACACCGAUGCGGGCAUAAGUAAAGAGGCGAUCAAAUACUUUGCGGGCAAGAUUCCAAUUCUGGGGGUGUGUAUGGGACAACAGUGUAUCAUCUCGGCAUUUGGUGGCGAAGUCGAUGUCACUGGAGAGAUCCUCCAUGGGAAGACCUCACCUUUGAGGCAUGACGGCAAAGGAUGCUAUACGACAUUGGCACAAGACCUACCCGUCACAAGAUACCAUUCGCUCGCAGGGACACAUCCGACCCUUCCGCAGUCACUGGAGGUGUCUUCUUGGAUAGCCAAAGGACCGGACGGGGGCAAGGGCGUAAUCAUGGGUGUCCGCCACAAAGAAUAUGUUAUCGAAGGAGUUCAAUUCCACCCCGAAAGCAUUCUGACGGAAAAUGGACGGGUCAUGUUCAAGAAUUUUCUGAAAAUGUCUGGCGGAAUGUGGUCGAACAAUCCUCAGUAUGCCACUCCUGGAGCAGAAGCUACACCCACCUUCAACGGCGCAGCACACCCGAAGAAAGAAUCCAUCUUGGACAAAAUCUACGCCCACCGACGACAAGCCGUUGCUGUUCAGAGGCUCAUCCCAUCUCAGAGGCCUCAAGAUCUCCAAGAUGCCUAUGACCUCGGUCUCGCUCCUCCACAAAUUUCCUUCGCAAAAAGGCUUCGACAAUCCCCGUACCCAAUUGCACUCCUAGCCGAGAUCAAACGAGCCUCCCCUUCGAAAGGCAUAAUAUCCCUGGGGACUUGUGCUCCGGCACAAGCACGGAAAUACGCAACGGCUGGCGCCAGUGUCAUUUCCGUAUUGACGGAACCGGAGUGGUUCAAAGGAAGUCUUGAGGACAUGAGACUCGUUCGCCAGGCUCUCGACAGCAUGCCCAACAGACCCGCCGUGCUGCGCAAGGAAUUCAUCUUCGACGAGUAUCAGAUUCUGGAAGCACGAGUCGCGGGUGCAGAUACGGUUUUACUCAUUGUCAAGAUGCUCGAUGUGGAGACAUUGACGAGACUGUAUUAUUACUCAAGAUCACUGGGAAUGGAGCCUCUUGUUGAAGUCAACACGGCAGAGGAGAUGAAAAUUGCGGUUGAACUGGGCGCCGAGGUUAUUGGCGUCAACAACCGCAAUCUCACAAAUUUCGAGGUUGACCUUGGAACGACAAGUCGAUUGAUGGAUCAAGUCCCAGAGUCCACGAUUGUGUGCGCUCUGAGUGGAAUAUUUGGUCCUCAAGACGUGCAGGCGUACAAAAAGGAUGGUGUGAAAGCAAUUCUGGUUGGCGAGGCCUUAAUGAGGGCACCGAAUCCGGUCGAGUUUAUUGCCACAUUAGUGGGAGAUCCCGACAUUCCACCCAAGAAGGGAACGCGAACCAAGCAUCUCUCAGUCAAAAUCUGCGGCACGCGCACACCCGAAGAUGCAAAGACAGCGAUUGAAGCCGGCGCGGACCAAAUCGGGAUCAUCCUCGUGCCUGGCAGGAAGCGACACGUCUCCGAUGAUGUGGCGUUACAGAUAGCAAAGGUUGUGAAAGAAACACCCCGCGUGGCGUCUCCAAAAUCCGUCAGUGCAGCUGAAGGAGUUGGGAGCGCAGAUUUCUUCAGCUACACUUCCUCGCAACUUCUGAUACGCCCCGACCGUGCCCUCUUGGUUGGUAUCUUCGUUGACGCCCCCCUUCGCCACAUUGUCCAGCAAGUCCACCAGCUGGGUCUGGACGCGGUACAACUUCACGGCUCAGAACCCUUAGAAUAUGCGAGGCAGAUUCCGGUGCCUGUUCUGAAAGCAUUCUCCCCGAAGGAUUGUGGGAUUAAUAGGAGAGGCUAUCAUUCCUUGCCGUUGCUGGAUGCUGGAGGCGGGGGGUCAGGCACGAGAGUCAACCUCGACGAUGUGAAAGCGCUUUUCGAGAAGGACGAUGGUCUCAAAGUGAUCCUUGCGGGAGGGCUCACUCCGGAGAAUGUACGGACAGUGCUGAGGGAACUGGGAGAAGAGUAUAUCGGCCAGAACGUCGUCGGCGUCGAUGUCAGUUCCGGGGUCGAUGUUGAUGGACGCCGGAGUGCGGAGAGAACCAGAGCGUUCAUAGACGCCGUCAAGGAUUUGUAGGUUGCCAAGGAAUGCACUAUAGUGUCAAACUAGGCUUAGAACCGAAUUGCGUUGCUCAACGCUGAACUGUCUGGUGAAGAGACACGUUGCUAGUUUUGCUGCCUGAAGCGACUGAGUGGCUUCCUUCGAUCCUGGUAAAUUUUCUACCUGCAAAAUGGUACCCAUCGGAGAUGGUGUGCGUGAGGGCCACAAU